AUGCCAAAAUCCAUAUCCAUGGUGACAGCACUGAAGCAGUAUGACAUUGUAGCUGACUGCUCGGACAAUGUCCCUACUAGAUACCUGAUCAGUGAUGCCUGUGCGGUCGCAGGGAAGCCGCUUGUAUCAGCCAGUGCACUCCGCUGGGAAGGCCAGUUAACCAUAUACAACCACCAGGGAGGGCCAUGUUACCGAUGCCUGUUCCCCAUUCCUCCACCUCCAGAAACUGUCACCAACUGUGCUGAUGGCGGUGUCCUGGGUGUUGUCCCUGGGAUCAUGGGGUGUCUACAAGCCCAAGAAGUGCUAAAAUUGGCCUCUGGAAUUGAUCCGAGCUACAGCAGCACCAUGCUAAUGUAUGACGCACUGGACGGACGUUUCCGCAACAUUAAGCUUCGAGGUAAACGAGCCGAUUGUACCACCUGUGGCAGUGGGUCAGAAUCCCGUAUCCUUGAGAACUAUGAGGCGUUCUGUGGCUCCUCUGCCUCUGAUAGGUGCCGGACGUUAUACCUGCUGAGUGCCACUGAGAGGAUGACUGUCCAGGAGUACAAACAGCUUCUGGAUGAUGGUGUGCCUCACGUGCUCAUUGAUGUCCGACCACAGGUUGAGGUAGACAUCUGCCACCUACCACACUCUGUCCACAUCCCACUGAGCCAGCUUGAAGCUGGAAAUGCUGCAGAUCUCCUGGGGGAGAGGAGGGGGACCAGCGAGUGUGGUAGUCAGUGGAAGAAACUGAUUGUCGUCUGUAAACUUGGAAAUGACUCGCAGAAAGCCGUAAAAAUUCUACAGCGACUCUCUGAAGAAGGUUUUAAUGAGUUUACAGUAAAGGAUAUUGCAGGGGGCCUGAUGGCAUGGGCCGAGAAGAUCGAUCCUGCCUUUCCCAAAUAUUAG